AAGAAGCCAGUAAAGCCUGUUAAAUUAGGUUCUACAGUCCCUGGGGAAAGCUUCUUUCUCAGCACUCUCAGAAUCCUCACCUAGUCAUGUGUGGCACGCUAUUCACUGUUGGACAAAGCCGUCAAUGCAACUUAUGUCUUAAGGAUCAAAAUAUUGGCUCUGUUUUGUGCAAAGUGAAGCAUAUAGAGAGAGAUGGUACUUCCAUUGCCUUGCUAGAAAUUAGUGGAGGAAAAGGCUCGGUCCAGGUUAAUGGUAGGACCUACCGUAAAAAUACUAGUUUGAUUCUAAAUGCAGGCGAUGAGUUGAUUUUCACCAGUACCGGAAAUCAUGCUUAUAUUUUUCAGCAGCUUAGCAGUGAUAACUUAGCAACCCCUGAUGUUCCUUCUUCUCUAAACAUUUUAGAAGCCCAGACUGCUCCUUUAAAAAGGAUUAUCGAGACUCAGCCACGGGAACCAGCAGCUGUUGCUGGGGCAGCAACAAUAUUGGCUUCUUUGUCAACUAAAGAGAAUUCUGAGAUGUCCACUCCACCUUCUGGUUGUGAGGUGUCAGAUGAUCGUGUUCCAGAAGUUGACAUGAAGGACGGUGCUAGUAACACUGAUCCAGUAGCUGCUUCUUCAAGGGAGAAAACUGUUGUUCCUGUUGCUACCAAUGAAAGCCCUAAUCUUGAUAGACUUGGAUUAGAUGAUACCAUGGAUGCUGACAAUUCAAAGGUCCCUGGGGUUGGUUACCCUUUAAGGCCAUUAUUGCAUAUCCUCGCUGGUACCUCUUCACCAGACUUUGAUUUUAGUGGCAGUAUUGCCAAAAUUCUUGAUGAGCAAAGGGAAAUUAGGGAGAUGUUUAAGGAAUUUGAACCUCCUGCGGUUUCGAUAUCAGCCAAGCGGCAAGCAUUUAAAGAUAAUUUACAAGAAAGCAUUCUCAAUCCUAACGAUAUAGACAUCUUUUUUGACAAUUUUCCAUAUUAUUUGAGUGGUACAACAAAGAAUGUGUUGAUAGCCUCAACCUAUGUGCAUUUGAAGUGUGGUAAAUUUGCGAAGUACACCUCAAGUCUUCCUACCAUGAGUCCUCGCAUAUUGUUAUGUGGUCCUGCAGGUUCAGAAAUAUAUCAGGAGACUUUGGUUAAGGCACUUGCAAAACAUUUUGGUGCUAGAUUGCUAAUUGUGGAUUCCCUUCUGUUGCCUGGAGGAUCAACGUCAAAAGAUGUUGAUGCUGUGCAAGAGACUUCAAGAGAUGAAAAUGUAACUGUAUAUGCCAGAAGAUCUGCGCAGGUUGCUGCUAUGCAGCAGAAGAAACCAACUUCUAGUGUUGAGGCUGAUAUAACUGGUGGCUCUUCACUGAGCUCCCAAGCUUUGCCAAAGCAGGAGGUAUCUACUGCAACAUCUAAAAAUUAUACAUUUAAGAAAGGUGACAGGGUUAAGUUUGUAGGUGAUGCAUCACCAUCUGGACCUUUUUCUCUACAACCAGCUUUAAGGGGACCAACAAUUGGGUUUCGGGGAAAAGUAGUCUUUGCUUUCGAAGAAAACGGUUCCUCAAAAAUCGGGGUCAGAUUUGACAGAUCUAUUCCAGAGGGCAAUGAUCUUGGUGGGCUUUGUGAAGAAGAUCAUGGUUUCUUCUGUGCCGGUAGCUCACUUCGCUUGGAUAGUUCUGGAGGUGAUGAUGUUGACAAGAUGGCUGUUAAUGAACUUUUUGAGGUUGCAUUGAAUGAAAGCAAAAACGGUCCAUUGAUAUUGCUUGUGAAAGACAUAGAGAAGUCUGUCGCUGGAAAUACAGAUGUGUAUACUUCCUUGAAGAGUAAGGUUGAGAAUUUUCCUGCUAAUGUUGUAGUAAUUGGUUCACUUGCCCAUAUGGAUAAUCGUAAGGAAAAAUCUCAUCCUGGUGGCCUUUUGUUCACAAAAUUUGGAGUCAACCAGACAGCGUUACUUGAUUUUGCAUUUCCUGAUAAUUUUGGUAGACUUCAUGAGAGGAACAAAGAAACAUCUAAGACCAUGAAACAAGUUACUCGACUUUUUCCUAACAAAGUGACAAUCCAGUUGCCUCAGGAUGAAGCUUCACUUCUAGACUGGAAGCUGCAACUGGAGCGUGACAUUGAGACUCUUAAAGCUCAGUCAAACAUCGUUAGCAUUCGAGCAGUUCUCCAUCAAAAUGGUUUGGAUUGCCCUGAUCUUGAAACACUCUGCAUUAAGGAUCAAACACUUACAAAUGAGAAUGUUGAGAGAGUUGUAGGCUGGGCCUUAAGUCACCACUUAAUGCAUUCUUCUGAAGUAUUGUUGAAAGAUGCUAAACUCGUUGUAUCAACUGAAAGCAUCAGAUAUGGUCUGGACAUUUUGCAAGGCAUUCAAAGUGAAAGCAAAAGCUUGAAGAAAUCACUGAAGGAUGUGGUCACUGAGAAUGAAUUUGAAAAGAAACUUCUUGCUGAUGUUAUUCCACCAAGUGAUAUUGGGGUUAGUUUUGAUGAUAUUGGAGCCCUUGAGAAUGUCAAAGACACCUUGAAGGAAUUGGUGAUGCUUCCACUUCAAAGGCCUGAAUUGUUUUGCAAGGGACAGUUGACAAAGCCCUGUAAAGGAAUAUUGCUUUUUGGGCCUCCUGGUACUGGAAAAACGAUGCUUGCCAAGGCUGUUGCAACCGAAGCUGGCGCAAACUUUAUUAACAUAUCAAUGUCCAGCAUUACUUCAAAGUGGUUUGGUGAAGGAGAGAAGUACGUUAAAGCCGUUUUCUCUCUGGCCAGUAAAAUUGCACCAAGUGUUAUCUUUGUUGAUGAGGUUGAUAGCAUGUUAGGAAGACGGGAAAAUCCUGGUGAACAUGAGGCUAUGCGUAAAAUGAAGAAUGAAUUUAUGGUAAACUGGGAUGGCCUUCGCACCAAGGAUAAAGAACGGGUAUUGGUUCUUGCAGCCACAAACCGGCCAUAUGACCUUGAUGAGGCAGUCAUCCGGAGGCUUCCUCGAAGAUUGAUGGUUAAUUUGCCAGAUGCUCCAAACAGAGAAAAGAUUUUAAGAGUUAUAUUAGCCAAGGAGCAAUUGUCAGCCGAUGUUGAUUUGGAGGCUAUUGCAAAUAUUACUGAUGGAUACUCCGGAAGUGACUUGAAGAACCUUUGUGUGAUUGCUGCACAUUGUCCCAUACGAGAAAUUUUGGAAAAGGAAAAGAAGGAGAGAGCUUUAGCUGUGACUGAGAAUAGACCUGUGCCUUCCUUGUAUAGCAGUGCUGACAUUCGUUCCCUGAAAAUGGAUGAUUUUAAACGUGCACAUGAUCAGGUUUGUGCAAGUGUGUCAUCGGAGUCUACAAAUAUGAAUGAGCUUGUUCAAUGGAACGAGUUAUAUGGAGAAGGUGGAUCAAGAAAGAAAACACAACUAAGCUACUUCAUGUAGAAGAGGCAUCUUUAUUUAUAGCUUUUCCAUUCAUUAUUGGCUAAAAGGGUGGCCAAGUUGAGAUAUAAGACCUGUUUAAGGAAAUCCCAUGUGCAGGUCCCAGCUUUCUUGUAACAUAUAAUAGUACUAUAUAAUAUAGGUUUUUGAAAAUUACCAGUCUUUAUGUUGGCAAUUUUACAGUAUUUAUGAAGCAGGUUAAGUUUAUUAAAAGCAUCUCCCAUUCCCCUUGUUCCUAUUAUAGUUGGUACCGUAUGCUCUCCCUACCUGC